GUUAGUAUUUAUGCACUUAUCAAUGUACGAUACACAUAAAAUAAUCUAAUGUCUAAAACUUCCGGGUGUAAAUCCAAAAUCUUUUCAUGAAGGCGAAUGUAAAAACUGGUUGUGUAUAAAAUGAAAUAUUGAAUGAAAUUUAAAUGGAUCAUAAUUGUUCAACUGAUACAGGUAAAGUAAGAUCUUUUUCAUUCUUAAACAGUGAAAGGAGUAUAUGGAUCUAACAAAGACACGUACGUGUUGAGAAGUAAUGGCAACAGUUAUGGCAUCCCCCCGUCGACCAUCGUUACCAGCGGGAAAUCUUCAAGCUCAGAGUAAUGUUACACACGUUAGGAUUGGUCAUGAAAGCCACCAAUCAAAUCAUCAGUCACAAGAUACUGCACCGCCUCUGCCUUCAAGACCAAUACGUAGGCAGGCCAUUGAAACAAAGUCGUUUAUCGACAGAAACACAGCCAAGGCGUACUCAGAUCCGAGCACACACCGUCAUGUCGAGAGGUCACAAAGCGAAUCAUCUCAACAUCAUUACCAACAGCAGCAACACAGCGCUCACGCCGGAAGUUUUCACAGUCAUGGGCAGACAACUGCACAGUCCGCAGUUCAUCAACGUCAAAGACAACCAAAAACAAACGAUGUACCCCCGCCUCCACCUUCAUCACGUCCUCCGACAAGGCCUCCACCUCAAUACGAAACCGCCCCGCCGCCUCCGCCGGUGUCCCGUCCCCCAGCAAGAAAGCAACAGAGCCAAACAAAUCAAAGUGCUCCUGCUCAACCUUUGCCACCAGCACAUACAACAAAAAGACAGCUGAAUACACAAGAGGUCCCUCCCGCGCUGCCACCAGCACGACCUCCAAAGACGUCCCAUAGUUCAAAUUCAUCUAUAGAGUCCGUACAUACGGGAGUUCCUGGUAGACCACCAAAAAGCCAGUUACACUCGGCCCAUUCUGUCGAGGAACAUCCCCAUCUUAAACAUUCAAAGUCAGGAGUGCAAUCACCUGUAGCAACAGAUGACUUUGAGAGCCGGUUUCGCUUCCAUAAUCCCUCGGAUUUUCCAGAGCCCGAAACAACAGAUGUGUCUACGAAAAAAUCGUACUUUAGCCAGUCAGUUUCUGUGAAGAAAAAAUCUCGAAAAGCUCAAGAUGACUAGCUGGGAUCUUUAUGAUAUUAUUCAGCAAAUGAUAUAAUUAUACGAUAUUGCAUAAUAUAUUCUUUGGCAAAAGUGUGUUAAACUUUUAUGAAACUGGAAAGAGAAAGUGUUAAUGCGUAUAUGAAAAACUCUAUUAUGAAUCAACAAUGUUGCUGGUAGUGUAUAGUCUAUAUAAUAAAUGAGGCGCAUUAUUUUCUUAACAGAAAUAGAUUUUAAAUGCAAUGAAAAUGCAGGGUGAUAACUCUGCAGAAUUAGUUUUGUUAUAAUUUCUUAUAUUGCAAUUAUUAACAACUUGAGUUCAAGGGGGGAGGGGGUACAGGAAAUUAGCGCAUGAACAAAAUCAAAUACGACCAGAAAAUAAGCGCAUGAAAAAAAUCAAGUUUGCCAGGAAAUUAGCGCAUGAAAAAUAUCAAGUUUGCCAGGAAAUUAGCGCAUGAAAAAAAUCAAGUUUGCCAGGAAAUUAGCGCAUGAAAAAUAUUAAGUUUGCCAGGAAAUUAGCGCAUGAAAAAAAUCAAGUUUGCCUGGAAAUUAGCGCAUGAAAAAUAUCAAGUUUGCCAGGAAAUUAGCGCAUGAAAAAAAUCAAGUUUGCCAGGAAAUUAGUGCUUGAAAAAAAAUCAAGUUUGCCAGGAAAUUAAGUUUGCCAGGAAAUUAGCGCAUGAAAAAUAUCAAGUAUGCAGCUUCGUUUAAUAUUUCGACUGAAAUCAUCGCAGUGUACAUGCAAUAUAGUUUGAGGAAAAUUAGACAAUUCUAUUGAUGUAAUUCAUAUCUACAAGUUGGACGUGUUGACAGAAUUUAACACUUACAUAUAGUAAUGUUGUAUUGUUUUCCAUACAAGAUGGUGAAUUUGUCUUAACAUUGGAACAUGGUGUAAGAUAUACGUGGAAUGAUCGAGUGUAUAAUCGAAUUAAGUACUGGUUUGACAAUCAACCUUAAAAAAUACAAGAAGUAAAAGUAUAUACAUUGUUCAAACUUAUAACCGUAAAGUGAACGUUGUUAUUGACCAUAUUAAGUCAUGCAGAUUUUAGUGAUAUAUGUACUUAUUUAGAAUGUAAAAAUGGAUGUCCUGGGGUGCUGUGCUCACGUGCACAAGUUAAUGAAAUGUUUAUAUUAUAUUAUGUAGAACACUAGGACCCAUAGUCGUUUUAACACCACGUAUAUUCAGUUCUCUUUAUUUAUUUUUCUUUAACACUUGUGUCAGGUCAGUCUUUGAAACUUUUAUGAAGUAGUAACACUUGUAAACCUAAAAUACAUUGU